UCAUGCUACUGCUUGCGUUUCGUAGCUUUUUCUUUAUUGCCGUCAUCCUCGGUUACAGUACCGGCAUUUGGCGGCUGAUUAACGAUUACUUCCGGCGUGAAUUCCAGUCGUACCUCGAGGAGGAGUCACAAACGAACAAGUACCUGUUGCGGGACCCGCCCAAAACCGUACCGGACCGGAACCCGACUGGACCGCCGGAAGUACCCGAUAAUCAGCUUUCAGCGCAGAACGUGGAACAGCUGUUUGGGGAUGCGAAACACCGGAACGACCAUCAACAGGUGACAGAUUCGAUUAUGGCACUUUUCGAAAACCCCACCACCAUCGGCACGGACGCAGGUGCGAAUUUUCAUACGAAUAGAAACGGUGAGGAGGAAACCGUAACGCAUCGCCCAGGAGAGGUUACGGUGGUAGCGGCAGCGGAAGUUACCGAUAUCCGGUCCCAGGAUGAAGGGAAAGUGAACUUGGAGAAACAGAAUGGUAGGGAAGGGGUGAUGGAGGAGGAGGAGGAUAAGUGGAUUUCGUACUGGAGUAUGCGGGGCCGGAAGCGUGACAGUGCCGACGUCGGUGCGGAUGAAGAUAAUAACGCGAACGCUUACUGUACGAUUAGCGCACGAACGAAAGGUGAAACAUUUGCCGGUGCCGUGACCGGGAUCGCGCCACGCAUAGCAGAGGACGGCGAUGGUUUCGGUUGCGUCUGAACCGACAACGGACGGAGUGUUACAAAAAUUUGGCUAAAACAAAACGUGUCUAUCGCUACUUGCAUAGGUGAAUAAAUAUAAUAAAAAAUAAUAAACUCCGCAUAUCUACCAGCAAUACACACACAUACACCGGUAUCGUGGGUCUUAAAAUGCGCGGCCGUAACCGUUUCGUGGUAGGUUUCUUAAAGUAGACAAUUUAUGUUUUGCUUCUUUUGGGAUUAUUUUUGUUCGUUUUUGUGGUUUUGUGGAUUUUGAUAAUAAAUUCGUGCAUCAUCCCUAACGGCAUCGGACACUGACAAUUAUGCCAAGCACGAAGAAUUAGUAGAGGAAAAAUAUGGAAAUCGAUAGAAAAGUUAGGUCGUCCAGCAGGGAAACGAAGGGGACGGAAGAGAGCACAGCAUAAGCAUCUGGUGCACUCGAGCGAGCAGACACAGGUAAAAGGAGGAAAAUAAUCGUGAUGCAAACAGCAGCUGGAAAAAAAACAACCAUACAUGCUAUUGAUGGUGGGAGUGUUUGUAUUUUCUUCGAUUGUUUUCUCCCAGAACAUACGGGAAGUUCCUUCUAAAAACAUUGUUCCCAAAAUUAUCUUCGUUUUAAUGAGCGAGCGAGCGCUUAAAAGAGAUGGAUUUUUUUGUAAGAAAUAUGAAUGUUGAACACCUAAACACCUAAAUCAAAAAUUAUACAUCUUUGUAUAAAUAUUAUGGUACGCCUUUUCGACACACCUGUGAGCACCGAGAAAUAGAAGAAAAUAUAAGGCUUUAGAACAAA